CCUGUCAAAACAAAGGAGAAACUGUGGAAAACGGAGGAAAACUGUUGAAACUGUGGAAAACGGAGGGAAGAACGAGACCGUUUCGAGUUUUAUUUUCGUUUUCGUUUUGCCCGUCCUCGUCGUUGUCGUUGUCCAGGCAAAAAAGGCAACACGACCGAAACACGCAGCGCGUCCCGUGCACGCACCAGGACCAUCCUCUUGUUUGGCUUCGGGAGUUCCGUGCGUGCAUCAAAUCCACUACCACCCCUUCCCAGUAAAAGCAUAAAUCAUCUCGGUCGUCACGGUUCGACCUCGAUAAACGUUUCGCUGUGAGCUGGACAGGUAGUGGACGGAGAAAGCAGCGCAUUCUGGCGGCGGGGCGGCUGCAAAUCGGAAAACGCCAACACUAAACAAUCUCUACGCCGUUUCUCCCCCCCCCCCCACCCCUACACUCAGUGUCGCGCAUCGUGCGAACUUUCUCCUGCUACUUGAGGCGGAUUAGUUCCCCACUCACCCUCGCUCUCCUGCACCGAGCACGCAGAAUCUUCGUGGCCGCAAAGAUGGACCGAAACAUGGGUCGGCAAGGAUCGAUGGUCACCGGGUCACCGGGUAUGAUGCGGAGGCCGGCGGGAAUGCAAACUGGAUCGAGCAGAGGAGAGAUGCAUCUUUCGGCGACACAUAACCACUCGGCGGUAUCGUCGCCAUCCUACCAGUCACAGCAGCAGCAGCAGCAGCAACAGCAACAGCAGCAACAGCAGCAGCAAAACCAUGGUACAGGAGGAGCUGGAAGUGCGUUGAACAACGGAGCACCGUCAUCGUCCUCAUCCCCAGCUGCGAUGGGCUCAUCUUCGGCAGCAUUGCAGCCGAAUCAUCAUCAGCAGUCUCAGUCGCAACAUUCGCAGCACGAUGAGCUGAUUCGAUACAUCAACGAAGCAUGGACUAGUAUAACAACCGACAAAAGCCAGACACCGCCAGUAUUCUACAAGAGUGGAGCUGAAACGCGGUUGCCUGGAUUCACUCCGUUCGAUCUAGAAGGAUGGUGGGGUCAGCGGUUGGUGCACCAGAUCAACCUCGGUUCACACGGACAUCAGUGAGGAUAAGCCCCCCCACUCGACUGCUAGGCACUGCUCGACUAUUCAUGGAGCACCAUCGCAUCUUCUCUUCCUUUUUCGUUCAUACGAAACAUUCUUUUUUCAAUGGUCUAUUCAUUUACAGUGUUGCCACUGAGUAAGGGCGAUUUGUACCCAAACCAAUUCAGAUCAAGUUACAAACAUUGACCACAGCAGCAUAGUUGGUGUCGAUGGUGAUGUGUUGAACAUUUUUUAAUGUAUUAAGUACAGGAAAUCAGACAUGUUAUUUUACACUUUUCCCCCAUCCUACUACAUCCAAUUACAAAUUUCUCUACCAAGCAAGGACGAUGGAAACGAUGGAAUCCUUCUUUCUUCAGCCGAAGGAUUGAUUUUUGUUAGGACGUUGUUCUUUGCGUACAUCCUACCCCGUUUUAAUUGUACGUUUUAAAUGUGAGAAAAGAGAUCAGAUGAACGAGUACAUGAAUAGGAAGAGUGAGCAAAGCGAAUUGAGUUUAACGAUAAGAAAAUUAUGGGUCAAAAGGGACGAAGAUUGCUGGGAGUAGAACGAAUGAAGCAGAAAUGAGGAGAGAGGGAGAAGUAUGAUCGAAGAAAAGCGCCAAUCCAUGAGGAAAGGAUUGCACAAUAGGAAAAUGCUACUUUUAUUUGUUGGUUUCCUUUUCCGCUCUUCAACGUUCAUCGUGAAGAUACUAUCUAUUGACAUGAGAAAAUGACAAAGAAAAUCCCAAGACCAGCAGAUAAGCUAUCGUUCCGUUCUUUACCGUCUCCAUAGAAGAAAUUGUAUGUAAAACGACCGCUUUAAGUUCAUCUAUCUGCCGCCGGUUAACAUAAUUGAAGCAGGCGUAUGAAUGAAUGCGAACUUGCCCUUUAUCAUAGCCAACGGCAAUCCUUUAAAUCUAUUUGCAUGGGAAGGGACUGGCAUCGAAUAAAAAGUUGAUAUGAACGGUGAUUAGA